GUGGAAGAACCCUGAGCCCAAUACCGGGGCCCCCACCUCACUCCCUAAUACAUGAGGAAAUGGAUGAACAGAAGAUCCUAGAACUCAUCAACAAGAUGAUGGAGCUGCUGACUGGAGAGGUUCCUAUAAGGUGUCAGGACGUGGCGGUCUAUUUCUCCAUGGAGGAGUGGGAGUAUGUAGAAAGACACAAGGAUCAGUACAAGGAUCAGGUCAUGAUGGAGGAUCAGCAGCCCCUCACAUCACCAGUCAGAUCCAGUAAGAGAACAGCACCAGAGAGGUGUCCCCGUCCUCUUCUUCCACAGGAUGAUCAGGGAGAAGAUCUGAACAAUAUUAAUGCUCCAGAGACAGAUAUGGGCGGUGAUCAGCAGUAUAAGGAGAACAUUGCUACAGAGAAAGAUCUGAACAAUAUUAAUGCUACAGACAUAAAGGAAGAAGAAGAGACAGAUGUGAGCGGCGAUGAGCAGUAUAAGGAGAACAUUCCUACAGGGAAAGAUCUGAUCUAUAUUAAUGCUACAGACAUAAAGAAAGAAGAAGAGACAGAUGUGAGCGGCGAUGAGCAGUAUAAGGAGAACAUUCGUACAGGGAAAGAUCUGAUCUAUAUUAAUGCUACAGACAUAAAGGAAGAAGAAGAGGCAGAUGUGAGCGGUAAUGAGCAGCAUAAAGAUGACAUUCCUACAAGUAACCUCUCAGAUUCUUGUAGCAGGAGAUCAGAGGAGAAUCUUAUAUCUUCAGAUUAUAAAGCAGAUGAUGAUAUCACACAAGAUACAUAUGAAGAACAUUCCAUUAUCCCAGAUACACCCUCAGCCCUUCACAGCCAAGAUCUGUCAUCUCAUCCUUAUAUACAGGUCCUGUCUUCUCAGUCAUCACAGGAUGUUCAGCAAAAUAAAGGUCACAGAAGGGGUGUUGGACAUCAAAAAGAUUGUGCAAGGGGGAAGCAAUAUUCAUGUUCAGUAUGUGGGAAAUGUUUUAUCUAUAAAUCAUAUCUUGUUAAACAUCAAAGAACUCACACAGGAGAGAAACCAUUUUCAUGUUCAGAAUGUGGAAAAUGUUAUACUCAUCAGCCAAGUCUUAUUAGGCAUCUAAGAACUCACACAGGGGAGAAGCCAUUUUCAUGUUCAGAAUGUGAGAAAUGUUUUGCUUGGAAAUCAGAUCUUGUGCAGCAUCAAAAAAUUCACACAGGAGAGAAACCAUUUGUAUGUUCAGAAUGUGGAAAAUGUUUUACUCAGCAAUCAAAUCUUUUCAAACAUCACAGAACUCACACAAGGGACAAGCCAUUUUCAUGCCCAGAAUGUGGGAAAUGUUUUUUUAGUAACUCGCAGGUUGUUAAACACCAGAGAACUCACUCAGAGGAGAAGCCUUUUUCAUGUUCAUAAUGUGGAAAAGGUUUUACUCAAAAAUCAUAUCUUGUUGAACUUCAUUUCCUCGUUCAGUAUGUGGAAAAUGUUUUAUGUGGAAAUCGGAUCUUGUUGAACAUCAAAGAACUCACACAGGAGAGAAGCCAUUUCCAUGUUCAGAAUGUGGGAAAUGUUUUACUCGGAAAGCAGAGCUCACACUGGAAAGUAACCUUCCAUCUUGUGAAAUAGAACAAAUACUUCAACCAUUGCAGUCAGAGUCACAAGAGAGAGCAAUAAACUAACAUUGAAAAAGUAUAAUUAUAAAAAAAAUACUCAACCAGGUACUAGAAUAUUCUACCUUAAUGUAUAUAAACUGGUCCCAAACCUUG